AUGGAGGCUUCUAAGUUUGUAACGGAGAAGAAGAAAGAUGAAAGGAGGUUUACCGGAGGUUAUAUCAAAUUGCACUCAACCAGGAUGUAUAUCAAGAAAACUGGAAACAAGGCUUCCCAAAAUCUAAUCCCUUUAUUUGUUGGGAGUGUUGGCCUAAUCUUCACAAAGGGAGACUUGAAGGAAGUCAGUGAAGAAGUUGCCAAGUAUAAGGUCGAAGCUCCUAUGCAUGUUAGACUUGUGGCUCCGAUGGAUACGGUUGUUCCACCCGACAACACUAGUCUCGAUCCAUCUCAUACCUCUUUCUUCUAG